AAUAUUACGUUUUUUCAUUCUAUAACGAAUGGUUCUGAAACAGUUGAAUAUUCUACCAGCACUUAGAGUAUAGUAGUUAAUGUAAUUAUAUUUUUUUUUUGUAAUCUCUAUAAUUAACAAUAACUAUGACGAGGAAACCAAAUACGUUAUAUACAUAUACAUUUUCAAUUUGCUUGGUUUAUACGUUAGUCUGCUCGUCGAUAUUACCGGUAGAAUCAGCAAGAAUAUUAGCAGUAAUGACAUUUCCUGGCAAAAGUCAUUGGAAUUAUGUAAGUGCAGUACUUCGUGUAUUGACAAAUAAUGGCCAUCAUGUCACUGUGUUUACACCAUUUCUCGACGGCGAACGAGACAACUAUACGGAAAUAGAUACAUCUAAUGAUCAUCUAAAAUUUCUAGAAUGGAAUUUAAUCGAUACAAUGGAUGUAAUUGGAUCUCCAACAACGAUGGUCAAUUUCAUGAGAACUGAACGUAUAAGGAUAUGUGACGCAGUGUAUAAAAACGCCGAGUUAAAUAAAAUAAUGGAAGAAAAAGAAAAUUCUAAUUUCGAUGUACUCUUCAUUGAAACGCUGGGUUACGAUUGUGAGUUGUAUAUGGCUAGUAAGUUAAAUUUGCCUUUGAUUUAUUUGGUUACAUCGCCAAUGGCAACAAUUCAAGAACGCGUCAUUUCCGGUGACAUCCCAAAUCCAGCAACAAUUUCACAUUUAUAUGCUCAUUACGCCAUUCCUAAGACAUUUAUGCAAAGAUUAUCAAAUACAGUAUUGUUGGCUUACAAUAUGAUGUUCUUAAGCGUUGACAAAUGUAUAAGAAAAUAUAUUAUCGAUAGACCAUACAAUUGGGUGACAAACAUUGUUCAACCUUCUAUGACAUUUGUAAAUAGUCAUUUCAUAAGUGAGGCUUCGAGACCAUUUCCACCAAACGUCGUACAAGUCGGCGGAAUCCAUUUGGAACCUCCAAAGAGUAUACCAAAUGAUAUAUUAGAAUUUAUUGAAAAUUCUCCACAUGGUGUAAUUGUGUUCACAUUAGGGUCAGUUGUUAAUAUGUCUACAUCUCCUGACUAUAUAUUAAAUCCACUGAAGGAAGCAUUAGCCGAAGUUCCCCAACGAAUAUUAUGGAAAUAUGAAGCAGAAAACAUGGUGAAUAAACCAAAAAAUGUAAUGAUAAGAAAAUGGUUACCUCAACGGGAUAUUCUAUUGCACCCUAAUGUAAAAUUAUUCAUUAGUCAUGGAGGUAUGUCAGGAGUAUAUGAAACGGUGGAUGCUGGCGUUCCAGUUCUCGGAUUCCCAUUAUUUUACGAUCAGCCAAGGAAUAUAGAUAACUUAGUUAACGCUGGAAUGGCCAUAUCAAUGGAUAUUUUAACUGUGAAAAAGGAUACAUUUUUAAAAAAUGUAUUAGAACUAGUAAAUAAUGAAAAGUAUAUGCGAAACGCUAAAAUUGCUUCCGACAUAUUCAAAAACCGACCAAUGUCUCCAGAACAGUCAAUACUUUACUGGACUGAAUAUGUAAUUCAUCAUAAAGGUGCCCCGCAUUUGAUGCCUCACUCACUUAAUCUAACUUGGUACCAAUACCUUUUAUUGGACGUAAUUGCUGUGAUAAUAGUAUUUAUAUGUAUUAUUUUAUUUAUAACAUAUAUAUUGAUGAAAAUCUUUCAUAAACAUAUUAUAAAAAAUAUCAUGAAUAUUAAAGCAAAAUCUGAAUAAAAUAGUACCUAGCUUUUAUAAAUUUAAUUUCAAGUAUUUAUAGUUUUACAAAUAGAUAAUGGGUAUUGUAGAAAAUAUAUAUAUAAGUAAAAUUAUAAUUAUUAAGCGAGAGUUCGAAUUUCUGACUAGUUUGAAAUAUUAAGAGGGCAAAAAAUAAUUAACACCUUUUAGUUAGCCCUUUCAUCAUAAUGAAUAUUAUUUAUUUGUAUUGUCGUUUUGUUGUAAUACUCUUAAGUUCUCAUCCAUCUUUAACUAUUAAUUAUUCCCAUUUUGUUGUAUAAAACACUAUUAACUUCUUCAUUAUAUUUCUCUUAAAAAUGUUAUGUUUUUAUUGUUUUUUUUUUUUUUGUUUUUACUGUAAACCAUAAUAAUAUGAACCUGUCUUGUUUAUGUACGAAAUGGCUCAGCCUGUAUAUUAUAUUUUACUCUAUUAUAUUCUAAAAUAAAAAUGUUCGUUAAUUUUUAGUCUAUCAGGACCAUUUCAAAUCAAGCUAUUUUAUAUAACUAGUAACUACCCUAAUUUUAUUUAACUUAUCAAAUUGGGAUUUUCCUCUUAUGAAGUAUUGUUACAAUUACCUAAUGUAAUACAGCCGUCAGGGCAAUGGCAAAUUUCAAUAGGUCUGGGGUCAGGGUAUCCCAAUGGGACAGGCCAUCUAUGCUCUCUUCGUUUUUUCAGUAUUUCAAUUAAGAUAUUCGUUUUACGUAUUCACAUAAUUCAACGCUUUUAAUGCGUUUUUUAAUUGGUUUUUACUUUUUACUUUUUUCACAUUACCAAAAAUUUAACAUCGUUAACGAAAUUUCUUUCGGAUCUUACUUGGAAAUUAAUCCCCUCUUUUCCUUUAUUCUUUCCUUCUUUUUCGAUUAUUUUUUAAAAUUAUAUCUUUAUCUGAGCAAUUAGUACUUAGGUAUACGUCUUGUACUCUUGUAAUAUUAUCCACAACAUUACGUCAUUAGCUAGACUACUCUAUUUGCACGCAUGUAUACGUGCGUAGUACGUACACGCCUUACCUUAAAUGUAAGUACUUAGAUAAUUUAGUUACCUAUAUAGGUAUAUGAAAUAAUGUAUCAACUUUGUUUAGCAAAAAUAUAUUAAAAUGUUCUCAUCUAUUUUAAAACAUUUGUAAGUAAUUAGUAAUUUAAUUAGGUGUUAUUAUGAUAAUAUUGAAUUUGUCAUCUUACGUAUUAAAGUAUUAAACAAUAUCUUAUUUUAUCUGUGCU